AUGACCCCCAUGCUUUCAUCCCAACCUCCUCUCGCUCACCGCGCACUCGCCCUUCCGCUCUCCCGUGCGCUGCCGCUGCCCCUUGCUUCUCCGCGCGCCCGAGUUCCACCGCCGCUCCGCCAUGGCGGACUCAUAGCGCUUCCGUUGCGCCCAUCCCGCCAUGGUGGACCCACAGCGCUUCCGUUCCGCCCAUCCCGCCGGAACCUUGAGGGAAUCCCAUCGCACACGGUUACAGUGACAUUAAAACGAAAUAAAAUUCUCCGUCCGGGAUUCGCGGCGGCGUCUGCGGCAGGCGCGGCGUGGGCGAGCGAUUCCGCGGAGUGGCGGAAUGCGGCGGUGGAGACGGCGGAGGGGACGGCGGACGGGACAGCAGUAAGGGGGGGCGCAUUGCAGGAUGCGGGGACGUAUGACGUGGCAAGCAAUGAGAGGUGGCUUUCUCAGGAGAAAGCUCGGCUGCUGACAGUGCAGGUGGGGA